AUGAACAGUACCAUUGAUACAUUACUCAAGAAUUGGUCGGACAAGAUAUUUCUAAAAGAAUAGAAAUGCAAAGAAGUUGAUUUGCAAAUGAAGAAGGAGAAAUUAAAUAAUUAAACUAAGAGACAUUUCAAAUGGUUGUAAUUAAAAACAAAAUAUGAACAAUUGAAAAAUAAGUUACGAUAAAUAGUAGUUGAUAAAUUGAAUGAUUACGAGAAUCAAUAAUUAGCCCUCAAGUCUUAGAACUAGCCUCUCAUGCUCAAAAACGUUUAAGUCAUUACCACUCGAAAUAUCUUCGAAAACAUGGAGAAAUAUGGUCAUUCCAAUGAGUUUCACUUUCUAAAAUCCUUGGGGUAAGAUAGAUUGAAAUAAAUCAAAGAAAAGCAAAAUAAAAACUCAAAUCUGCAGAAUGAUGAAACCAACAAGCAAGACAGCACUAAACACUCGCUAUAUGAAGUGGCUUGGGAUAAUUAAUAAGAAUAAAUCUUUACAAAAUAAAGAAGCCAAACAAAAUAACUAUUUACAAACGAAAUUGCUUGUUCGAAUUGGAAUGAUUUAGGAUUUCUGCCCAUUUUGCAAUAAAUGACCUUGAAUGAAAAGAAGAAAUAAUAAAGAGAACACAUCCUUAACAAAUACACAGAUGGCGAAUUCCUUACGGCUUAAGAACUUCAAUUUCUAGCAAAUACGAGUGAACUAUUAAAUGCUUGUCUGGAUCGGGAUUUCUUUUAGAGAGCUGCAAAUUAGGUUAAUCCUGAUCUCCUUUUUAAUAUGGAAUUAUCCUUAGCUGAAUAAAUAUUAAACGACUAUGAGGAAAUGAAAGCAGCAACUAUGAAGGCUAGAUUAUCGUACAUAAGGGUUAAGAUCUAAAAGACUAAGGAGAAACUAGUCAAAAGAGAACAACUCUUAUUGAAAUAAUCAAUAGAUGCCUAUAACAUGGAAUUAAAUAGAAAAUAUAUUAAAGUUUGCAAGACUGUUGUAAAACACAUGGAAAGAACCGGUAAAUUUGAAGAAAAGAUACCGAGUGAAAUUCCAGGAGCAACAUAGCUCAAAGAUUAUUUGAUGGGUAAAAUUACUGAAAAGCAAUUCAUCAAUAAAUUAUAUGAUUAUGUUCUUGAAAAAGAGAGAAGAAAAUAAUACAUAGAUUUUAGUGAGGAUGACAAUUAAUACAAUUAUUCUUCUCAGUAAUAGUUCAAAAGUUAAAAACAACUUUAGCCUUAGAGUCCGAGGGGAGCUUCGGUCAAAAAUAAGAGACAAGAGUAUUUAAAGGCAAUGGCUAGGCCUAAGAGUACCAUAGGAGGACAAUUUACAUAGAACAUAAAAAGGCAUCUUUUUCAUCCUUCUACAAAGUUACUCAUAGACAAAAAGUUAGAAGCUGAAGAAAAUGAAUUAGCUUAUAUAAAUCCCAUAUCUGCCUAAUAUAAUAAAUAUGAAUAGGAGAAAUUUAAACUUGGAUUAAAAAGUCAUCCUGCCUUGAGAUAAAGGAAGAAUUUCAAAAAGUUUUAUUCUGGAGGUCCUCCUACUUAACCAGAAUUAGAACAUUGGAAGAGUCCCAAUUAUUAACCUACUUAAAAGGAAAUAAGGGCUGCAAUAGUUAUUUAGAGAAAAUUGAGGUCAUUAUUUAGAGAAAAGAAACUAAGGCAAAAGCUUGAAGAAAGAAGAAAGUAAAUCUACUAUUUGUUCAAAGACAAUUGCGAAAAUAUGGUUCAUCAAAUAGAAACGGGAUAGGAUUAAUAAGUGUCCUUUUUUUAUCUAAAUAAAUAAUUAGAGAGAUGCAAAGCAAUUGCUAAAGAUUAAAUAAACUUUGGGAAUAUCAGAACUGAUGAGAAUAGUCGAAAGAACAGUGAAAAGAGAAGUUUCAAUCUAAGCACUGGGACUUCAACUCCAACUCCUAAGACUUUCUAAAGUUUAAGAUUGCCCUUACAAUAGAACAAGAUCAAAGUAGAUUAUCUUUUUGAAGCAGUCCAAAAGAACAGAAUAAUGAUGAUGAAACAAUCACAUUUUGUGUACUCUGCAAACGAUGUGAAUUCCCAAAAUUAUGAUGGAAUCACUCCUCUUCAUGUUGCAGUUUUAAAGGGCAAUUAGGAUUUUGUGGAAUGGUUACUCUAAAAUGGAGCUGAUCCUUACAUAAUGGACUAAUAAAAUAUAACUCCUAUCGAUAUGGCCAGACAUUACAAUAAGAUGCGAAUACAGAUAAUUAGACUUUUUGAAUAAUACAAAAAACUUUGA